UGCCAGCAGGUGGAGGCUGCAUGCUCGAUCACUGCCCCGGCAUCCCAAACGUGAGACUGGGCUGUGUGCCCCACCGAUUCCUGCGGGACAGCGGCCAUGGCGGCUGCUCUUUCCACUGGAGCGAUCGUGGCAAUUUCUUUUAACUGUGUCAUCGCGUUGCUCAUCCUCAUCCUCUUCCUCAUCCUCUGCAAAGCCUGCAGGACCCCCUCAUGUCCUAAGAAGACCCCGGCUUCUGAUGUGGAUGAGUCAAGGAAUGAAGAGAAGUACCUGCUGCAGCCCUGA